UGUGACUCAGCGGGUACUGCAGCCGACAGCCUGAAACGCACCACCGUUCACAGUAGCAGCCAUGUCCGACAGCUCCGGUGACUACGAUCCCAUACGCGAUGCCCUCAUUGACCAUGUCAAGGCAUUCAACGGGCCAGGCAUUUCGUACUGCUAUCCGAGGUCGCCCGUGUAUAUACACCUCCCCAAGCCCUUGAAAGAGGUCGGUUCCAUCUUCUUCCAGGCCAUCAUGCCAAAGAACAUCCGCUUGGGAAUGUGGGAGUUCACGAAGAAAGGCGACAUGAAGAACAUAUGGGGCAACAUGACACUGAACGGCUACGGAGGGUGGUUCAGGGUGACCAGCAGUAACGUCAAGGCCGGUAAUACAGACCAGUAUGAGUGGCAUAACAGCGACGUUGGCCGGGUUUGCAAGGUGUUCGAACAUGGAGGAGAACACUUUGUUGAGCUGCAUCUGGACAAAGAGACCGGCGACCUUGUGACAAAGGUGGACGGAUUGGUGUACAACAUCCACGACAUGGAGGACGGUGCGGACGCCGACGAGUUCACCAUGUACGGGGACUUCUAUCUGCCGGAAGUUGCCAUCCCAUUCGACGACUUCAAACUCCCGUACGCGGUCGAUCUCAAUGGCGGUGUCUGCUUUGCGGACGUGUACGAGAUUACGUUCGUACCAGACGAGAAGGCCCGAGACAUGACCAUAACCUUCGGCGACGUGAAGUUCACCAUCGACUUCCGAGACCACCGUGAGGCUAUGGGCAAAUACAGUAGGGAGAAGGUCACCAUCAAUUCGCAUUGCAACUGCGCCUUCAUCUCCCUCAACAACAAGAUAGUCCACGAGGUGAUGCGACGCUUGACGGCGACGCAGAUGGUGAUCGAGGGCGACAUCAAACUCCAUCACGUCACCGUCCGCAAGAAGUAAACGCCGUCAAGACCAAUGGAGGACUCAAAGGACAGGACAACGCGACGACCAAACGACACAUGACUGCGGCCGCACCUUUUUUUAAUUUUUUUUUUCUCCCUUUUUUUUCUUGAAAUAAACGCACUCCUAGAGCAUCACA